GGAGACCAACAAACUGAACAAAGCUAGGGCAUCAACCUUCGACACCAGAGACUGAACCACCACACCCUCCGAACCUUACUUGAACUACGAUGGGGUCAUACAAGUGUGCUUUGGAGUUAUGGAGAAAAAAGCAAACAGAUGUUAUUAGGGUUUUGCCCAAGAUGAGAUUGUGGGGAUACAGAGCUUCCCACACAGAGGAGGCCAAGCCAGAUCAGUUGCUGGCAGUACUGAAAUCAGGAUGUGCAAGUCAAUCUACUGCUUCUGCAAACCAUUUGACUAGGGGCAUAGCUGGAGCUGAUGGAAUUCCUGUUCUAUAUGGAAGGAAGUGCGCUAGAGAGUUAAUGUCUACUUCUUGGCCACAAUUUCAACCCACAAGAAACUAUAUAGCAAGUUCCAGCAUUCCUCAAUUUUGUAGAUCCAUUUCAUCAAAAGCUUCACGGCAACCACGACAAAGUCCAUCUGAGAAUAAGAAAGACUUAUCUACUGUAGAGGAUCCUUUUGAUGCUCCUACAUACAACAUCCCAGAAAAGCCUGUGACAUUUGUAGAGGGAGCUUCCUACAGUGUAGUUAUUCUUGCAGGGCUUGGAAUUGCUGCUGCCGCAGGAUAUGCAGUCUUUAAGGAGCUUAUUUUUGAACCGAAAGAGUACAAGAUCUUUAACAAGGCUCUUAAAAGGGUUCAAGAUGAUGCACAGGUUAGGAUGAGGGUGGGAUACCCUAUUACAGGGUAUGGUCAAGAAAGUAGAAACCGUGCUGCUCGCCAACGUAUUCCCAACAGAAUAUGGCACGAUGAAGAAGGGGUAGAGCACGUAGAGGUUAAUUUUUAUAUACGAGGGCCUCAUGGAGCUGGGAAAGUAUUUGCCGAGAUGUUCAAUGACCAAGCAGACAAGCAAUGGAAGUACACAUAUUUGAUUGUUCAGAUACAAGCACCUUCGCCAGCACAACUGAUUUUAGAGUCUUAUCUGCCAAGUUAUAACGCAGCCAACUAAUCAUGCUCACUUCUGUACCCAAUAGCGUGGGUAGGAUAUUUAGAAAUGCUAUUGCUAGAUAGGGUGAAUGUUGCUGAGAUAGGAUGAGAUUGAACCAUUCAACAUCUCCAUUCUACACGCCAAGUGAUUUCAGCAGGGAAAAGUUGAAAUGCUUUGUUCCUUCCUACUCAAAUUUUAUUGCAACCAUCAUGCUGUCAUGUUUAUAGGAUUCACUUUUCUCCAUCUCCAAGUUUUAGAUUUUUAUAUUUAAUACCAGAUUAAUCAACUAAGUAUACCUUUAUUAUUUUUAAUAAUCGGCUUUAGUUAUUCAUUUCCCUAUUUGUCGUGCUGUCAUGUUAGUUAACGUUACAAGGAUUGGAAUAUAAAAAUGUUCAAUGCAUUACUAUUU